CACAUUAGAACGAAAACAUAACCUAACCUAAUUUUACUGCAUGCGUAGCAAUAUACUCACCAUGCGGUGUCGGCAAUAUGAGCAUGGGCAUAUUGCUAGCUCUUCGCGACUAAGUAAAUCAUUGAUUUAAAAAAUGCGGUCGCAGCUGUGCAGGAGGGUGGGAUGUCUCGCCAAGGUGCUUCAAAGGCAUUUUCAAUACCGAGAAGAACUCUGCCUAGAUACGUUGAUAGUAACAGGAUUGAUAAGGCAACAAUGGGGCGGAAACCGGUAAUGACUGCUGAUCGAGAAAGAGAACUGUCUGGAAGAGGUCGGCUACCCGUUAACAUCAAAGACACUUCGGAGGCGUGUUUUUAAUUUCUGCACCGAAAACGAUAUACAAAAUAAAUUGUCUACCAUGUCUCGAAUGGCUGGUCGGUAUUGGAUUAAUAGAUUUUUAAAAAGAAAUCCUGAAAUACGUAAGAGAAAAGCA